AUGAGCCAAGAUAAUAAUAAUUCAUCAGCUAUUGAGGAAGUAGUUGAGACUUAUAAACCCACAUCUUUAGUACUUGCAAAAGUAAAAGGGUAUCCACCAUGGCCGGCAAUGGUAUUGGAUGAAGAAUUGCUUCCUGAACAUAUAUUGGUGAAGAAACCGAAAACUGUGAAACAACCAAAGAAUAAAAAGAGUCCAGUUAAAGUACUCGCAGUGAGGUUUUUCAGUGAUGAUACAUACAUAUGGAUCAAAGAGUCCGAUGUAAAGGAAUUAACCAAUGAGAUGGUAUCAGAAUAUUUGGUGAAAGAGGGCAAUAAACGUAGAAAAGAUACCUUGUUAAAGACUGCUUAUGAAUUAGCCAAUGAUCCACCAGCUAUGGAUGUUUUCGUUAAGUAUGGGUCCAAGGGUAAACCUGAUAUACCUAUAAAGGAAGCCGAGGAAGAAAUAGAUGUCGAAGAGGAAGAAGAAGAAGAAGAGGAAGAAGAAGAAGAAGAAGAAAGUGAAUCAUUGGAAGAAGAAGAAGAUUAUGAUGAACCACCUACUAAAAAGCAAAAGAAAGCACCAGCCAAGAAAAAGACUGUAGCAGCAAAGCCGGCCACUAAAAAGAAGGGUACUACAACCAAAGCAACCAAGACAGCAAAAACCAACACUAAAGGCAAGAAAUCCACCGUCACUGUUCAAUCUGCUCCCACCCCUGUAAAGGUUAAACAAGCUGACCCAUACGAAGGAUAUGAUUCUGAUUGGGGUGUUGACGACUAUGAAGAUGAUGUUGGAAAUAGAUUAUAUGAAGAUUUAUCAGAACAAGCUGAAUUUGAAUCCAAAUUCCCAAGUGCACAAGAAAUCAAUGAAAAGUAUCGGUUAAAGUCAGAUCAAGUUCAAAAACUGAAGUUAAAACUUCAAGAAUUACUCUUCUCUCAAGAUAAAAUCAAUGAAGAUGAAAUAUUAAAAGAAUUAAAUAAGUUGAAAUCUUUACAAAUUCCAACUGCUUUAAUUAAAGCUGGAAAUUUACAUAAAUUACUUAUCGUUGUUCUGAGAAUACCAAAAGAAAGAUUUGAGCAUGACAAGAUCAGAAGACAAAUAUCAGGUUUAUUAGGUAAAUGGUUUGAGUUGGAAAUUCGUCCCAAUGAACUCGAGGAAUUAGAAAGGCCGUCUACUGGUACACCAGUUGGUACACCAACCGCAACCGCAACACCAACUGGAGUAAACACCCCUGCACCUGAAACGAAUACUAAUGGGGUUCAUUCUAAUGGAUCCUUACCAUUAGAUCAACCUGAAGUUAAAGAGGAAGAAAAAGAAGUCUUACAAGACAACGCAAAUGGCCAAAAUUAG